AUGAGAACAAACAGUUCUACUACAGUCAGUGAGGAAAUUAUUUUUCUUAACUUGGUUCUAGGUAUUGUUUCCUUCAUCCAGACAGGAGCUGGUAUACUAGGAAACGUCUUCCUUCUUUGGCAUUAUCUCUUUAUUUUUCUAUUUGUCCACAGACCGAGGCCCAUUGACUCUAUUUUUUUCCACUUGGCCUUGGCCAACUCCAUAAUGCUUAUUUCCAAGGGAGUCCCUCAGACAAUGGUUGGCUUGGGGCUGAAAAUUUCCCUGGAUCACAUUGGGUGUAAACUUAUUAUUUUUGUUCACAGAGUGGCCCGUAGUCUUUCCCUCAGCCUUGCCUGUCUUCUGAGUGGUUUUCGGAUUAUCACCAUCAGUUCCUCUACUUUUUCUCUAGUGUCAGACCUGAAAGCCAAUGCUUCAAAGCUCAUUAAACCCUUGUGCUUCUUCUGCUGGAUACUACACAUACAGAUAAAUAUUUUUGUGUUUGUGAACAUAAAGAACUUUGUAGGAAGCAGUAACAGCACAAGGAUAUGGCAUAUGGGGUUCUGUUCAAAUUUCAUCUCAGCCUCGUUCAAAGUCUCACUAUUUGUCAUUCUUUACUGUCUUCCUGAUUUCCUGUAUGUGGGGUUUAUGGUUCUGGUCAGUGGCUCCCUGGUGCUUGUCCUGCAAAGACACCAUCAACAAGUCCAGCAUAUUCACAGAUCUAGCCUUUCGUCCAAAAGGUCCUCUGAGAUGAGAGCCACCUAUACCAUCUUGGUGUUCGUGAGCAUCUAUGUCUCUUUCACCUUAGCAAAUUCCAUUUUGUCAGUUUAUCUCUUUGAGUUUGAGAAGUCUUUUGGGUGGUUGAUACCCACAUCAGCUCUCUUGGCUGCAUGUUUCCCAGCCAUCAGCCCAUUUGUAUUUAUCAGCUGUGAUUCUCAGAUUCUCCAUUUCUUUUAUUCCCUUUGGGGAAAGAAAAGAUCCCAAGACUCUCUUUUCCCUAGGUCUUCCACUGCUCACCAUUCUACUUCCAUACUUACAAGAAGAUAUCUUUAA